GUGGAGCAGAUUGUAGAGCGUUGGUGAUGACAUCUGGGAUCUUGUAUUCCGUGAUGAGGGUUGAAGGUUCAAUCCUGGUGGAGGCGACACUGUUGCAGUUGCCUUGAGCAAGAAACUCACCCACACUUGCUUCUCUCAACUCAGGAGUAUAAUCGAGUACCUGGUCAUUGACUGGGGUGGACAAGACCGCUGGCUUGGCAGCAACAUCAUGCAGCAGACGGGGAUGUCAGUGACACUGCUAUUGGAAGGGUGACAUAUUUCAACAAUCAGUCAUCGAUGUAAUCCCCAUUUUUCCAUCUAUCUCAACUUAUAAAUCACAAUCACUACACUUUGAUCCGCUCUUUAUGAUCAGCCAAGCAAGAAAUGAAAUCGAAAGCUUUUUCCAAUAUCUCGCCUCAAAGCAGAUGAAUGUACAUCACGACACGAAUCUUACGAAAGAAAAGCAAAACGACGACGACAGCAGUGAUACUGAUACUCCACAAGCUUUGGGUGCCGUCUACUAUCUGAUGGAAUUUUGUUUGGACAAGGCCGGCGUUCCUCUUCCAAACGGUGAUUCACAACGUUUGACAAAUUGCAGUAUACCUUUGUAUAAUCAGGUAUUUCAGAGAUAUCUCCCGAUAGAAGAGCAAUUGCAAGAGGCACAAGAAUGUCGAAGUAUCCAGACGUGUUUCAACUGUGGUGGUGAUCAUACUGUCGCCGACUGUCCAAAGCCUAAAGACGUCCACAAGAUUAGCACCGCAAAACAUCAAUUUCUCGGCGCACGUUCUUUGUCAGCAAGAUACCACAGAGCAUUUAGAUAUGAUCAGUUCAAGCCGGGCGUCUUGAGUCCUGCACUGCAAGAAGCAUUGGACAUCGAUAAAUCACGUCCAGUGCUUCCCGAUUUCAUCAGUCGAAUGCGUCUGUAUGGAUAUCCACCCGGGCACAGAUUGGCGGCCCAAGAGCAGGUGACGCUGCAGUUACUGUCGAUGCAUGAUGCACAAGGACACGUCGUCGUUCCUUACGAAGACGUCGAUCCUGACAAAGAGAGAAGUCUUCCUUGUCCCAUCUUUCCUAUCAAGUACCCCGGUUUCAAUGCUCCCAAUCUCGAAGGCUUUGUUGAUAGACCCGAUUAUCCACCCAUUCGAGAAAACCACAUUCAAGAAGCACAGAUGCCGAUUUCCUUACCACCCGCUCCUUCAAGGAAACACCAGUUGUCUCCUCUGAGAGGCGUGUCUGCACGCAAGCGUCGAAAAGAGACAGUCCAUGACUCGAGUGUCGACAUGGAUGUCGUUUCUGAUGCAAAUUCAGAGCCAGAGGAGGGAGAAAUUCUGGCCAAUGUUGAAUUAGAAGAAUACGACCCAACCAACCCAUCACUGGAAGUAAGAUCAGGCGUGUCUAACAACCCGGCCAGUCCAUCGCAUGAAACUCCUACACAAGCAGCCACAUUGGCAGGAAACACGAUCACCGACCAAUCUCCCGGAGCAACUGCAGAAGAGAGCGUAGCUGAUCAGUCACCUGAGGAAAACACCGUCGGCAAUAGUUCGGUUGAUCACAAUCAGUCACAGCAAGAAGAGAAAUCAGAAGAGUAUUGUCCUGAAAAUAACUGGUCGUUGGACUUCCCACCCGGUCGCGUUGAUCUGUGCGCCGGUAUCAAAGGUGGCCAGUGGAAAGCCAUUCAUAAGUUACUGAAAGCAAGAAAGAAGUGAUGCAACAAACCAUGUGUGAUCACAAUCAACGGCCAAUGCGACAUUUGUCACUUUCUGUGACGUUCACAGGUACUUACUAUUGAUAGUAGAAAUUUUAGGAUUUUUGGAUAUUCCAGCCUUUUAUUGAGGUACCUGAUGCUGUAAUCAGUAGCUCUUGAAGCAGA